AUGACCAGACUCCGAGUCCUUGACCUUUCUUCUACGAGCAUCUCUUCCCUGCCAUCGUCCAUGUCCUGCCUUCACGAAUUACGGUUGUUGAAGAUUCGAAGCUGCUGCAAGCUAGAGGUUGUUCCUGCAUUCUUAAAGGAUAUGCAGAAGCUUGAGAUCCUUGAUCUCCAUCAAACUCCCUUGACGAAGACGAUGGAGGUAUCCUUCCACAACAUGCAAAGCCUCCGACGUCUCGACAUAUCGGGUGCCUGCACCCUCAAAAGGCUCUCACUCAAGGGUUGUCAUUCUCUACUAACAGUGGUUAGUCUGGAGAAACUUUCAAAACUUGAGGCACUUGAUCUUUCAGGCACGAAAAUGGAAGAGCUCCCGGAUGAAAUUUUCAAUCUGACUAGCAUGCGGUGCCUGGAUCUGUUGGGAAUGGAGCAUCUGAAGAUGAUUGACUGGAGAAAUAUACAUCGGCUUCCAGAAAAAUUAAAUUGGGAUCGUUGUGGCUUGGACUUGAUGCAUGAACCGCACCAAGACAGCAGCAGACGUCGCAUCUCGGUCAGUGAUGCUGGUGUUUUCAAGUCUUUGGGCAAAAAAUCGAGACUCUGGAAAUCCUACUUUCUAAAAUUCCAUUUCUUGGUCUGUCCCUGCAAAGCAGGUCGCAAGGAUAUAUGUGCUCAUUUAAAAAGAAACCGAUUUCUCUACCGGCGUAUUUAUUCAAGAUUUGAGCCAUCUUUGAGUUAUGAAAGAAUUCUGGAGGUUUGCGGGGGUAAGAAUUCCCUGGACGGUGUUAUAGGAGUUCUCUCGGUGACAGAAUUCUUUCAUUUGUACGGCAAUGCAUUUGUUAAGGCACUGUCCGAUCUCGGCAUGAAGAUGGACAACUUUAAAGAAUGUUGGAUUGAGAAAUGCCAUCAAUUGGAGUAUCUGGUUGUCGGAAGAACGGCAGACGUUGAUGCAGUGGUCUGUUUAGAGAAUCUAAGGGUGUCCGAUCUUGCCAAAUUAAGAACAGUGUGCCGGGGGGAGUUGGGAAGAGGGAGCUUCGCAUGUCUAAAGAAUAUAUAUUUGGAAUGUUGCCCGAAGCUCAUCUACUUCUUCUCUUCAAGCAUUCGGUUACAGAAUCUCAAAUUACUUGAAAUAAAAUUCUGUUGUAGACUGGAGAAGGUUUUUGAAGAAGACAAUGUUGCAGGGCAAAAUGCAUUUCCACAGCUAGUUGAUUUACGUCUUUGGGAGCUACGCAAGCUAAAAAGCAUUUGUGGUGGCCACUUGCCGAUGCUGAAGAAGUUGAAGAUUCGAGGAUGCCCGAUGCUGGAGAGGCUUCCUUUCAAUAACACAAAUGAUUCUACAGCAGAGGUCGAGAUCCAAGCUGUUGAUGGUUCCUCUCGCAGGAACCCAGGCAGGAGUGGAAGCAGAGGAGUCUGCAGAGACCACUUAGGAUGCCUGAUCUUUGCUUUUCACCAAUCUUAUGGUAUCUCAUCCGACAUAGAAGCAGAGUCAAGGGCCAUUUUGGACAGUAUUAAGAUAUGUAAACAGUUUAACCUAUCAAAUGUAAACAUUGAAUUAGAUUCCCUAGUGGCAACAGAGGCCAUUCUCAACCAUCAUAGCAUCCCCUGUAAGAUCUGGUAUAUUGUGGGUGACAUCAAGAAGGAGCUUGAAUGCUUGGACUUCUCCAUCUCACAUGUUUAUAGAGAGAGCAAAUGCAGCGGAUGA